AUCAGUUUAUGACACACACCAGUCAGGCACCACCCAUUGACAUGAAUGGAGGGGGGAACGGGGUUUGUACUUCCUGUGUAACUGAGGGAGGAGCACGGUACGUACACUGCGUGACCACAACUUUACAGCCUGGUCUGCCCUAACUUCACACUGCUUCGCUGAGUGUUCUGGCUGGGGAGCGUGAGCUGCCAACAUGCAUUACUAUCGAUACAGCACCGCGGAAGUUAGCUGCUGUUACAAGUACCUUCUCUUUAGCUACAACAUCAUAUUUUGGCUGUCUGGUAUGUUACUGCUGGGAAUUGGCCUGUGGGCUUGGAGUGAAAAGGGAAUUUUGUCUGACAUAACAAAGGUGACGCGACUUCAUGGUUUUGACCCUGUGUGGUUGGUCCUAGUAGUUGGGGUCAUUAUGUUCACACUUGGAUUCGCUGGAUGUGUGGGAGCCUUGAGAGAAAACAUUUGCCUUUUGAAGUUUUUCUGUGGCACCAUUGUGCUGAUCUUUUUUAUGGAGCUGGCAGUUGCAGUUCUGGCUUUCCUUUUCCAAGACUGGGUGAGAGACCGUGCUAAGGAGUUUUUUGAGAACAACAUAAGAGCUUACCGGGACGAUAUUGACCUGCAGAACCUUAUAGACUCCAUACAGAAAGCGAACCAUUGUUGUGGUGCUCAAGGACCAGAUGACUGGGAUUUAAAUGAGUAUUUUAACUGCACUGGUGGGAACCUCAGUCGAGAGAAAUGUGGAGUGCCCUUCUCCUGUUGUAUAGCAGACCCAGCUCAAACCGUUGUGAAUACUCAGUGUGGUUAUGAUGUCCGUAAAAAGUCACCCGCAGAGCGAGCUACGAUAACCUACGUAAAAGGCUGCAUAUCGGCUUUGGAGGCAUGGCUACCUAGAAACAUAUACAUUGUGGCUGGAGCUUUUUUGGUGAUAUCCAUUUUACAGAUUUUUGGUAUUUACCUGGCUCGGACGCUUAUGUCUGACAUUGAAGCUGUAAAGGCCGGAUACCGGUUUUAAGCUCGAACCUGUAGACUGGAGGCCUUCAGAGAAAUCUCUGUACAACUCCUACUCCUGUAGACCUAUGUUAUCCACUGGAGACUCUUGAGCCAACACCCUGGUUGUCCUGCAUCUACAAAGCGGAGGCUUGGAACGCAUAAAGAAGGCCCGUUUAUCAAUAUCUUUGGAGUAUGAGACUGAAGUUCCUCCAAUAGCGUCUGUAUGUAGUUUCUUCAUGAAACGUCCUCCCCUCUUACCUGCUGACUGAGGCAUGUGGGACUAUUAAGGGAUUGUUUGAUGCGUGAAGCCUUUUCUUCGCAGGACACAUUAUGGGUUUAGCUCUGGUUUGUAUAAAUGACUGUGAUGUUGUUGGACCAUAACCACUGCCAUAUUUGGGUGACUUCUAUAUCCUUAAUACAAAGGGCAGUCCCCAGUGUGUGUAUGGUGUAUUGCGUACAUUUCUUCUUGUUCUAGAUGCAUUUACCUUGCCCCUGGUCAUAAUUUCCAAUUGACUGCCCCUUGCAGCAAAAUACCAAAAUAACAUUUCAAGAGCUCUUUACCUUGACGUGUAAAUAUUCUAAUAUAUGGUCUCUAUAUUUCAUACAAUACCACAAGUUAAUGUUCUUCAUCUGUUCUAGCACGUGCUAUUGUGAAGAAAACAUGGCAUCCUUGUAUGAUAACCGGUUUGGGGUUUGAGUGUAGAUUGGAAGUAUGCAAUAACCCUUACGUUAGUAAAACAUGGCUGCUAUCCUCUGAAAACAGUGACAUGCUUGUUUACAGGUUGUGUGUGGUAUUGCAGCUCAGCCCAAUUCACUUCAUUGGAGCGGAGCUGCAAUAGUGGACCCAACCUUGCGGAAGUAGGCGCGGUUUGUGGCAGAAAACAGCCGUGUUUUUCUAAUUCUGCAGAGCCUCUUAAAAGAGAAGGUCCAAUCUUGCAACAGUUUUUAUUUUAAAUUGUCAGGAUGUGCUUAAAAUUAAGUCAAAACUAACCUAAUAAACAUUUAAAGACCCCUGCAAACCUACACGUGUCCAUUGUAACAGACGACAAACCCUGUGGAGUCUGAGCUUACAGUUACAUAUCUGGUAGGGUACAGAGGAAUGGGCUCAGACUGCUCAGGGUUUGGUUGUGGCUUGUUACCAUGGAGACACUUAGGUCAGCAUGAGAGCUGUAGACGUAAAGCAAAAGGGCAAGAUGGCCUUUAAAAUAGCCCAUAAAAGUUUCAGGUAUUAAAGUAGCACUCCAAAGUGUGUGAUAUAUAUUAUACAUACACAACACAUAUAUAUUGACAUACUUUUUAGGCUUGGGCGAUAGAUAUUUUUUAUUUUUAUAGACCUAUUGAUUGAUUUUAACUGUUGAGUGUCAGCGGCAGUCCAGAAGAUUCCAUGCCAGUGCAACUAUCAAUAACCUGCUGGAUAGUUAAUUCAAUCGGUUACACUACAAAAAGUCUCGGUGUAGCCCAGGCCUUGGCCUACAGAAUGGUUUGGAAAGUCACAGCGUAUAAGUAAAGUCCUGUAUGCUUGUGGUGAAGCUUGCAUGCUGUUACUGCAUUUUCUGUAUUGUCACAGCAGGCCACUGCCAUCUUGUGGUUGCUGUAAAUAUUGCAACAAAUGGAAAUGUUCAUCUUUUUAGCUGAAAUAAUUGCAUAGAACGAAACAUUUUUUGUAUUUUUUUUUUUUUAUGCAUAUACCUUGACAUGUUUACAUUUUUCCUAUAUUACUAGAUCAUGAAGGAUUCAUGUUUAGUAACAUUGGUAUGGCCAUUCCUUCACUCCUUGCUAUAUUUCAUUGAUUUUUAUUUUAUUUCUUUAAAAAAACUUUGGAAAGUGUUUUAUUUGUGAAAUAACAUGUUUGAUAAAAAUAUGCGUUGUAACCUUUG